AUGAACUCAGUGCUUCACGAACAUGUUAACUACAAUACCCGCAAGCUAUAUCACCAUCCAGUUACAAAUAAAUGUUUAAGAUUUCCUGAGGGGAAAGAAUGGUUCUUCAGACUGACUGGCUUCCUUUGUAGCCUCUUGUCCUUGGUAUUUGGAAUAAUCCUUGUAAGCAGCCAAUACUGGCGCCUCUGGGAAUUCGACAAUAAAGCUGUUCAGCUUGUGUACAUCGGACUCUGGGAAGCUUGUUACUAUCAGGAGUUUAACAUCUCUUGCUCUGUGACCAGGGUUCUGGUGCACAGCCCUAUCAACGCAAGCUGGACCGUUUCAACUGAAUUUCAGUAUGCGCAGAACCUGAUCUUACUGGCGAUUUUGAUAAAACCUGUUGUCCUGGUUUUCAGUUCAGUGGCCAUUAGAAUGAGCAUCACCAAAGCCUCAGUCCCAGAGAUUCAGCUGCUCUGCAACAAAUGUUGUGUCUUAGUCAUGGCUCUCAGCAGCCUUUGUACGGUUCUGUCUGUCACCUGGAACCAUGUAGUAGAUCUUUAUGGUGAAACUACUUUUGACUUUCCACCCACCUUUCCUGUUAGAAAAGAAGCUCUGAUAAAGAAACACCACACUCAUGUGUUCCCUAUUGGGGUCGUGACAGCCAUCCUGUCACUCAUUGCUAUGUUUAUGUUCCUCUUUGAGGUCAAGUCAUUGAAAAUACAGAGUUAUCUGAAGGCCUGGCAUGUAUCCCAGCAGGAGGAACAAAAGGUCUGA